CCGAACACUGUCGGUUCUCCUGAUGCUCACCUGUCUGAUGACGUCAUGGAGUAGAAAAGGCGCUCCGGAUAAAUCCUCUAGUGGUGGAACCGCUCUAGCUGAGUACGAGAGGUUAAAUACUAAACUGCUGCUCAUCCAUCCGUCACUCUUCAGAACCCCAUGAACCCCUCUUGGGGUCAUAGGGCCGCUGGGGCCAACCAGCUGCUGUUGGUUGACACAGUCACACACUCACAAAUGUCUAGGGGCCAGAGAGUCACCAGUUAACCUAUGAAACAUGUUUUUGGACUGGGGGAGGAAGCCUGGAGAAAGACCCACACAUGCACGGAGAGAACAUGGCUGGGUUUCAAACCAGGGCCUUCUUGCGUGAGAGUGCUAGCCACUACACCAGGGUACAGCCCUCUGCUGCAUGUGCAGACUGCUUUAAGAAGACUUCUGUGAACGGACUAGAAGGUUCCGUCUGCAGAGAAGACGGACUGAGGGUCACUCCCCCCCCAGAGUCAUUCAGGAGAAAAUGGAGAACCCUAUAGGACGAUGGUCAUGUCUGAGUUUGGCAUAAAUAACAACAAACAUCUGGAUGUCCCUAAGUCCUCCUUCCUGUUUUCCUCUGUAGUUCUGUCAGAUCCAGGACCAGCCUCUGACCACGUGGCGUUCAGCUGCGACGUCUCCCAGGAGCAGGAGGUGCAGAGAACCUUUGAAAGCAUCAGGAGGAGCUGCGGACGUGUGACCUACCUUGUGAACGCCGCAGGCAUCAACAGAGACGCUGUGCUGCUGAGGACCAGUUCUGAGGACAUGCUGGCUCUGCUUCACACCAACCUGCUGGGCUGCAUGCUGACCUGCAGGGCGGCGAUGCGGGACAUGCUGCACAUGCGGGACGCCGCCAUCGUUAACAUAGGCUCUGUGGUGGGCCUCAAAGGGAACGCCGGCCAGUGCGCCUACAGCGCCACCAAGGCGGGCUUAGCGGGCUUCACUCGCUCUCUGGCCAAGGAAGUGGCGUCACGUAACGUCAGGGUGAACCUGCUGGCGCCAGGUUUCAUCCACACCGACAUGACCGCCGGGCUGAGUGAGGAGCAGAGCGCGCGCUCAAUCCCGCUGGGGAGGUUUGGCGAGCCGGAGGACGUGGCGCAGGCGGCCCUGUUCCUGUUGGAGUCUCCGUACGUCACGGGACAGGUGCUGGUGGUGGAUGGGGGGCUGCACCUUACCAUGUAGAGGAAGCUCCGAUCUUUAUGAUCUUCCAUUCAGAGACGAUGGGGUCUGGCCCGGUCCACUACCCCAAAGGUCCAGAAUGAAAUCGUGGGGUUUACACCGUUCGUCUUUUUCUGGGACUGUAAGGCCUCCACCUCUGACUGUUAUGCUGUUGUUUCUCCGGGAAACCCCCACCAUGAGAUGAGCUGGACUUUUAUUAAUGAUCCCCACUUGAAAAACCAGAACAAUCCACACACAGGAGCAGAACCGGGCCGGCAGGCAAAUGUGAAAAAGGAGACAAAGACGGUGAAUGUAAAGAAACCUUUUUUGAGUGUUUAUUACCUCCAAAUACUGAGAAAAGAGUCGUGUGUGACUCUACAAGUGUCCAAAAGGAACAUGCGGAGAAAGCUGGUGUCCAAGGCUAAGAAUAGAUUUAUAAAACGUCAGAAUCCAAA